CACCUUUGGCCUUCAUAGAAAUUUAGCUUGACCCAUCUUUGGCAGAAGGAGUGCAGCUCUUUGGCUCUUUACUCUGAUCAGCGGCUCCACUGUAUCAAGUAAAAGCUCACUUAGAGCUUAACACAUUCCAGUUACUUUCUGCAGUGUUUUCAGGGUUGCUCUGAAGAUGCAGAGUAAUCAUGUGUUCAAGGGUGACAAGGCCUGGCACUCAUUAAGUGACGACAGAGAUGAUGAAGAGAAGCAGAGUCCCCGACAGCUGCUGCCAUCACAGCUAGGAAAAGAAAAGAGAAUGAAAGCCUAUCUAAAGAGUGCCGAGGGCUUUUUUGUCCUGAAUAAAAGUACCACAAUUGGGAAGCAUGAGGAUUCAGACCUUGUUUUGGAGUCGGCAGACAUCGACAACCACCACGCGCUCAUUGAGUUCAACGAGGACGAGGGCAGUUUCGUUCUUCAGGACUUCAAUUCCCGCAACGGCACGUUCGUCAACGAGUGUCACAUCCAGAACGUGGCUGUGAAGCUCAUCCCGGGGGACAUCCUGAGAUUUGGAUCCGUGGGACUGACCUACGAGCUGGUCAUUGAGAAUCCACCCCAGGUCUCUUUCCCCUGGGUGAGGGGCCCAGCAGCCUGGCCGAGGCCACAGCCGUCCCGGAUCUCCCAGCAGCCGAUCCCGUCGCCUUCGCCACCGCUCAACGUUUUCUACCAGGGCAUCCGGCCAGUGCCCCUGCAGAGGAGCUGGUCCCAGGGCUUCCCCAGGCCCUCCGUAGUCCCCCCCGCCCACCAACGGCCCGUGAGCGCCAGCGGAAAGAUGUUCUCCUUCGUGGUGGACAGCAGCCACAAGUCCCCCCUCCUCAAGCAAGUGUGGACGGGCCCCGUGGAGAUGCCGGAGCACGCCAUGCCGGAGGGUAUUCCUGGAGCCGUGCCUCCCCCGGAGAUCUUCAUGGAUCCGGACAUGGUCCAGCAGGACAAGGAUGAGAUCAUCCUGCUGCUGGGGAGAGAGAUCAGCCGCCUUGCAGACUUUGAGAUCGAAUCCAAAUACAAAGACGCGGUGAUCGCCAACCUGCAGAACGAGGUGGCCGAGCUCAGCCAGAAGCUGUUGGACAGCGUGGCCUGCAGGCAGGGCGACAGGGGCGCCGCGCACAAGUGCGAGUGUCUGGACGAGGGCGCGGACGACAAGCAGAAGGAGAUCCAGAGCUUGAAGCAGCAGAUCGAAGUCCUUCAGAAGGGCUACAGCCAGAUGCUGUGCAAGACGCUGUCCGAGCGGAACUCCGAGAUCACAUCCCUGAAGAAUGAGGGCGAGAACUUAAAGAGGGACCACACCAUCACGGCAGGAAUGGUGACAUCUUUGCAGCAAGACAUCUUGGUGAGGACUGAGCAAGUUCAACAGCUGAAGGAGGAGGUGAAUCAGCUGAAGAGUCAGAACAAGGAGAAGGAGCACCAGCUCGAAGCCCUGAACUCCAGGUGCUCGGCACUGAAUGAAGAGCUGAAAAAGGAAAGUUCCCAGAAGGAGCACAGACAAGCCCAAGAGAGAGAGUUAAAACACUGCAAAAGCCAAAUCCAAGACAUGGAGAAAGAAAUGAAGAUGCUGAGAGAGGAGCUGAGGAAGAACUGUUCUGAGCAGAGCAUGAUCUAUAAGACUCUGCGGGAAAAGAGCAAGGUGGAAGAGAAACUUCAGGAGGACUCCAGAAAGAAAUUGCUUCAGCUGCAAGAAAUGGGGAACAGAGAGAGCCUGAUAAAGGUCAAUUUGGAAAGGGCCGUAGGUCAGCUGGAGCAGUUCAGAAGCCAGAUCAUCAAGGCCACCUACGGGCGGGCGAAGCCAAGCCAGGACAAGACCAUCACGGACCAGCAGCUGAUAGAGAAGAUCACCCAGGUCACCGAGGACAACAUGAACUUCCAGCAGAAAAAGUGGACGCUGCAGAAGGAGACCCAGCUGAACAACUCCAAGCAGGAGGAGCUGGCGAAGAGCCUGGAGAAGCUGAAGGCGUCGUUGGACAGCUGCCAGGCUUGCUUGAAAAUGCCUUGCUGCAGCGGCGACCUGAAAAGGGAGGUGGACCUUCUCCAGCACCUUCAGAUGAAUCCACCUGUCCUGGGGCUCCAGAAGGUGACCCUGGACAUCUUGAGCCACUCACUGUCCUGGCUGGAGGAGACGGAGCAGCUGCUGAAGGACCUCGGCAUCCAGCUACCCAGCUCCGAAAAAGGGUUCUCUUUGUACCUGAUGUAUCUUCUGGAACAUUAUAAAAAAAUCAUGGGCCAGACCCAGGAGCUGGAGAUCAAGAUCAGCAGCUCUCAGGAAACCCACCAGUUUCUGCUGCAAGAAAAGCUGCAGGAGCAUCGGGCAGAAAAGGAGAAGCUGAACGAGGAGAAGCUGGCGCAAGAGGAGAAGCUGAAAGGCAAAAUCAGGCGGCUGGUGGAAGAGAAGACGGCCCUGGAGGAGAGCAGUGCUCAGGAGAAAAGCAGAGCCAGGGAGGCCCUGCAGGAGGAGCAGCGGAGGGUCCAGGAGCUGGAGGACCACCUCGCCCGCCAGAAGGAGGCUCUGGACGACCGCCUCGCUCAGGAGAGACGCAGGUCCAUGGAGGUCCUGGAGGAGAAGGAGAGGAGGCUCGAGGAGCUGGAGGGCUGCCUGGCCCGCCAGAAGGAGGUUUUGGAGAGCAGCAUAGCCCACGAGAAGAGGAAGGCCAAGGAGGCCCUGGAGUCGGAGCGACGGAGGGUGCAGGACCUGGAGAACCACCUGACCCAGCAGAAGGAGAUCUCAGACAACAGCAUCGCCUACGAGAUUCAGAAGGCCAAGGAGGCCUUGGAGAAGGAGAAGAGGAAGGUGCAGGACUUGGAGAACCGCCUGACCAAGCAGAAAGAGGAAAUAGAAUUAAAAGGGCAAAAAGAGAACUCUUUAAAUAAUAAAUUAAGUGAUGCACUGGCCAUGGUAGAAGAGAUUCAGCAGAUCAAGACAGCCGAAGGCCUCAGAGCAGAGAGCCUCUCCCUGAAGCUAAAUGAGUCCUUAGCCGAGCUGGAAACUGCCAAGACAAAGCUGAUCAUGAUGGAGGAGCAGAUAAUACUACAGCAACUGACGGUAAAGAGCCUGCAAGACCAGAGGGAAACCCAGAAACACGGAUUCGAAGAGGAAAUCCAAGAAUACAAGGAGCAGAUCAAACAGCACUCACAGACGAUUGUGAGCCUCGAGGAGAGACUCCAACGAGUGACCCAGCACCAUAAGAAAAUAGAAGAAGAGAUUGCAACCCUGAAGGUCAAUAACCCAGCUGAAGAGGCAGAAUUGCCGGAAGAGCUUCCCGUGGCCACCCCAUUGGAGAACAGUACCAAAGAGACGGCGUGCGACCACCUGAUAGAUGACUUACUGGCUGCUCAGAAGGAAAUCCUGUCCCAGCAGGAGGUCAUCAUGAGGUUGAGGAAAGACCUUAACGAAGCCCAUGGCCGAAUGUCAGACCUGAGAGGGGACCUCAGCGAGAAGCAGAAGAGGGAGCUGGAGCGGCACAUGACCCUGGUCCAGCAGCAGAGCAGGGAGCUGUGCAUGCUCAAGACAAAGCUGGCGCAGAUGAGCACCCUGGUGGAGAAGAAGGACCGGGAGCUCAAGGCCCUCCGGGAGGCACUCAGGGCUUCCCAAGACAAACACAAAUUCCAGCUGAGCAUGGAGAAGGAGGAGAAAGCCAAGAACGCCACCCAGAAGUGUGACAUCUCUGUGCAGAUUGAGCCCAUGCACCCCAGUGUUUUCCUGAGCAGUCAAGAGGAGCAGUCUUUCAGUGACCUGGGGGCCAAGUGCAGAGGGUCCCAACACGAGGAAGUCAUUCAGCGACAGAAAAAGGCCCUGUCAGAACUCCGAGCGCGAAUCAAAGAACUCGAGAAGGCCUGCUCUUCCAAUUGUAAGGACCACCUGAACGAAUCGUUCCUGGAACUAAAGACGCUCAGAAUGGAGAAAAACGUCCAGAAAAUAAUAGUGGACACAAAAUCCGACCUGCCAACUCCCUCCAGAAUAGAGAUCCACGCGCUUCCGGCUGGAGACUCCCAUGAUGGAGGGUGGAGCGGUCGUCUCUCUCUCUCCUUCCAGGACAGCCUUUCCAACUCAGACACCAGCUCCGCCCUGGAGAAGUCAGACAAGACGGAUGUCACCGAGGCUUUGGAUCUCAGUGAAAGACUGUACCUGGACAUGAGCAGGACUCUGGGAAGCCUGAUGAACAUCAAAGACAUGUCGGGUCACGUGUCCAUGAAACACCUGUCGGCCAAAGAGAGGGAGAAGGUCAACCAGCUGCGACAAAGGGACCUGGACCUGGUGUUUGACAAGAUCACCCAGCUCAAGACCCGGCUGCAGAGGAAAGAGGAGCUGCUGAAAGGUUACGAGCAGGACGUGGAGCGGCUCAGGCAGAGCAAAGUGUCCGUCCAGAUGUACCAGUCACAGGUAGCCAAGCUGGAGGACGACAUCUACAAAGAGACGGAGGAGAAGGCCCUGCUGAAGGAGGCCCUGGAGCGCACGGAGCACCAGCUGAGCCAGGAGAAGAGGUUCAACAGGGCCAUCCGGCAGCAGAAGGAACAUUUAGAGGAUCCUGAAAACAGAAAUGCAAAAGACUCAGCACCUUGCAACUGUUCCUUCAAAGAGAAUCAGCGGCAGGUUGGAGCCAAAAAAGCCACCUCAAAGAUGGACCAAGAAAGAGAGAUGAAAAAAGAGACAUCCAGCAAAUCCAGCCAGAGCCUGUUGUUUUCUAAGCCUGGUGGAAGGAACUAGAGCAAUGUCGUCUCACCCAGACUCAUGUGAUUCUCCGUGAGUCGGUUUGACUCCUCCAUGUCAAAAUAUUAAGACGUUUUAUGUAGGACUUUCUAGACUGGUAUUUUGCACAGUAUGUAUUUGAGAGUGUGUAGGGGGGAACAGGGGUUCUUUUUUUUUAAUAACUAUGAAUAUGUACAAACUCAGGUAUGUGAAAGUAUGUUUGUAACCUAGACUCCUCAGUCUGGUAUGCACAAUUUCCCAGUUUCACAUUUGAGUCAUGACAUCACACCCCAAAGGAGCUCUGGGAGACCCAUAGUGGAGAAAAUCCAAGACUGUCACUGGAGUCAGGCAGAAGGGGAAGCUCAGGGCUCUUGGGCCAGGCCAUAGGGAAUUGAGCUGACUUUAUUGUAAUAAAUUUAGAAUGCCCAUCAGUUUAAUUGCUUCCAUAAUAACAACUAACAUUCCUAUGGCACUCUCUGCAAUUUUCAAAACUCUUUUUAAAUCCUUCCUGGGCCCAAGGAGGUCAAGAAUAUUGUGCUCCCUGUUUUGUAGCUGAGAAGCUGACCAAUGGGGGUUCAAAGACCUGCCUAGAAUCCCACAGCUUUAAAUUCAGGAACUGGUCUUGAACCCGAAUUUCUAAUUCCAUCUCAUCCUGUCCAUUCUGCCACACCGAGAUGGCCCAGUGGUUCCAGUCCCAGACCACAAGGACAGACCAAGUUCCCAGAGAACACACACUGCCCAGGAGGCCGCACCGCCCUCGCCUGGUGUUGGGAGGGACCCUCCUUGCCCAGGCUCCGUCUCUGCUUCUCCCAUGGCCUGCUUUCUCUCUGUCCACCUGUCCUCUCACCGCUUUCCUUGUGUUGGGGGAAGGGGAAGAACCAGAAGUCAUGAGUAGGAUUGAUUCUAUAGAUCUACAAUAAAAAUAUUUUUUAUGUUU